ACACACACACACACACACACACACACAUAGAACCAGGGGUACUCGGCAAGCGGGGCAAACAAUCAUGUAUUUCAAUAGAAAUCGUGGCCGCUGAAAAACGUGGUUUCGAUGCAUUGACGUGGUGCUUCGGGGGAAAGUGACAGGCGCUCAGUUUCAUUCUCGUUUAUUUAUUAAUCUCCAUUUUUGAUGUUGGAGAGAGAAAUGAGUGCCGAGGCCGGGCCUACUGGUGCAAAUGCUGCUGGGAUUUUGCAGAUCCGCUUUCACAAAUUGACAAAAAGUAACGCUACAUGCUCGAAUUUGAAGGGCUUUCCGGUGGUUUUGUCGUGACCGAGUCGUAAAUGGAUGGAGCCAGGACAACAUGAAUCAGUCCUACAAAGUGGCUGGCAGGGAUGGCUCGGAGUAUCGUGGUGAUCCACAGGAGACCAAGGCGCUUAAUAGCCGCAUCAGCUCCUGUGGACACCAGAGCACAAAGCGACAGGGGGACCAGGGGUCUGCCAUGCAUUUCUUAAACUCUGGCUACAAACUCCCCGCAUCGUCGUACGCGUACAAUCAGAGAGAAUCCACCUCCAACUACAGCCCGCUGAGGAGGCUUCAGGACCUGACCACUAUGGUGAACCAUGCCGACAUGAGUUUGCAGGACAAGGACUUUCACGGGCGAAGUAAAUUGCUCAUGCACAAUCCCAUUGGCGGAAGUGAGUUCGGAAUAAGCCUGUAUCACACAGUUCAGUCCAGUUCGCAAGGAAACACUGACAGGACUACUAUUCAGGAUCUGGACAAAAAUGGCUUCUCACCAGUAAGCUCUGAUAGCUUGGAACAUUUUCCACCCAUCCCAAGUAGAUUUUUGCAUUUUGAGUCAACGCUGUUUGAUAGUGGGGACAGCAAGGAUAAUGACGAGGAGGAGCAUGAUGCGGUGCCACCGUUUAAAGACGCGUCAAAGAAAUGCCAGAAACGAAAUCUGGCAAAUGCAAAGGCUCCUAGCAGCCACAGGCUGGACCUAAGUACAAACAAACAUGGAAGUAGUAACCUUGUUUCUAAAAAUACAGUGAAGUCUGACCCUUCUGCUAGUCCCUCACAUUUGCCCGUCGAGGUCAUGAUGGAGGAUUUUGACAGUAUGGAUGAUUAUUCAGACAGUGACUGUGAUCUGCCCAGCACUGAAAACAGUGCUUCACUAUUCAACGCUGGUCUCUCAAAAAGACCAAAUUCACCCAGUGACUCCCAUUCGAAUCCUUCCAACAGCCCAAAGAAAAAGCAGCUCCCAGGUAUAAAGUACUCUGUUGAAGAUGUCGUGUGGGCCAAAUUCAACCGCAGACCCUGGUGGCCCUGUCAUAUAACCACUGACCCACAGAUUGAAGUCCACACCAAAAUGAAAGAUCCCAGUCGUCGGCCGUGCCGUCUCUAUUUUGUCAGGAUGUUUGGGGAGAUCCUAGACCAAGCUUGGGUCCCGGCUAAAGCCACGUUUCCUUUUGAAGGAGGUCAUCAGUUUGAAAAACUGCCUGUACUUAGACGGAGAGGAAGACAGAAAGACAAAGAUUACAAAUACACGGUUCCUAAGCGACUAAUGCCAUCAUGGAAAGCUAGUGUCUUGGAGGCAGAGGCAGCACUGACCAAACGGUUAAACAGCGAACCUCCAUUGACGUUAAUUCGGGAUGUGCACAUGCCUAUUACAGAAGUAAAGGCACCAAAAAGUCCUGCUUGCCCAACAUCUACUACACAGUCCACAUCAUCAAGCUCACUUUUGUCCAAUGGACUUGAUGCGUCCAUUAAGAACAAAGGAAAACCUGCCACUGGAAGCAAAAAGAAGGCAACUAAGAAGAACGGCUCAACUGUAAAAUGUCCUGUGAAACUAACUGAAAACUCUUUAUCAUCUAAACCUUCAUCAAACCCUUCAUCAGACAGCUACAAAUCUUCCACAGCACCUGAAAAACACAAACCAGACCCCCUAGAUAGUCCGUAUUCAGAUAUUGACUCUGUCCCGAGGAUACUGUGCCCCAAACGUUCAGGGGACUUGCCGCAGUUGGAGGCGGCAAAAGAAUUGAGCACUAAACCUAAGAAAGUACAGCCAAGUAAAAAGGUUAAAAAAGCCAACGUGGAUAAGCCAGUGAAGAAAACGGAGGCUGGUUCAAAAUGCACAACAAACAGUAAGCUAAAAAAGUCAACGCCCAAAGAAAAAACACUUAGGGCUACGAACUCCAGACAGAAGGAAAGCAGUUCCCCAGGGUCCUCUGAUGGGUCUUUUGCCAUGCACUCUUUCUAUUUGCCUGCCAGCAGUGGCUUAAUGUCAAGAGCCCUUGCCGCCAGAGAAGAAACCAAGGAGAAAGAUUCAAGUCAGGAGCCAAAAUCUCCCUCACCAUGUGCUGGCGAUGAACACUCAGAGUUUUACAAGAAGUCCUCAUCCCCCACAGAGCGUUCGGAGUUGUCAAAACAACAAUGGCAGGUAAAAACAGAGGCCAGUGAAGAGUCUACAGAUGCCUCUAUCUCCCACACACCCCCAAACCCAACUCUUAAGUUCACAAGAGUCCGAAAUGAAAAAAAUGGCGUUCAUAAUGGACCUCGACAUAAAGGUUCCAAGUCAGAUGUGACUGAAUCCUCCCUCAAUUCCGUUAAAAACAAAAACGAGAGCAUGAUCUCAGACGCUUCGUCUUCGUCCUUCCCGUCUCCCUCGAUCUCUCCCAUGGAUGCUUUCCAGGAUGUGAAGGAGCUUUCUUUCAGGUCUCUUGUCAAAGAGGAAUGCAGCUCAGGAGAACCUUCGCUCCGUGCAGAUUCAAACUACAAAUUCAGCACUUUCCUAAUGCUCCUGAAGGAUCUGCACGACAGCCGGGAGAAGGAAGGAAAGCCAUUAACCCUUCCUCCCACAUCUCCAUCCUCUCUCAUCAGGGAAGAACCUUCUCUUAUCCCACCUGGAGAAGAAAUGACAAAUGAGGUGCUUUGCGAAAAGGACUGGAAGGCAGUUGCGGAUCAGAACAGUCGGCAGGGAAAAACAUCAACGCCAAACAGCUCAAAACAGAGCAAGGCCAAGCCAAAAUCAUCGGUGAAAAAGGAGACGCAAAAACACGAUGGUGGGAACAAUUUAGCUUCACCACUGAAAAACCAGAACUCAUCAGAAGGUUUGGAUGCACUUGAAAAGAGUUUGCCUUUGUUAGGGGAACUUUCCAACUCUCACCAUGAUCCUGUUCCUGAUGUCUGUAGCAAAGGCACCAUCUCCAAGGUUGCUCCUAAAAAGCGAUGGCAAACAUUUCAGUCUGGCAUUGGGAAAAGCACCAAGCCAAAGAGCGAUCCGGUUGGUUUGAAUCAAGAUGUAGCGAAGGAGUCCACAGAGCUAAAUGGAGUAUUCAAAGACAGUCUUGAAGAAACGGCUCCUUCGGACAUCCCCGAUAAAAAAGAUGCUUCAGAAAACAAAAGGCUCAGAAAACCAAGCAAGAGGCUGAUUGAAUGCAGUGAAGAAUAUGAGCAAAUAUUCUCCAUCAAGAAGAAAACAAAGAAAACUCCUGAGUCCUGUAAAACAGCUUCUCUGAUAGCCAACACUAACGCUGACCGGCCGGCACCUGAACAAAUCGUACCUGAUGCUUUAAGCUCUUCACCUGAAAAACCCUCUGAGCAGGCCACACCAGAGGAGCAGAAAGAACCAGCAGAUGGUCUCGGAUCACAAAACACUUCAACACCGUUAUCACCAUCCUGUGGAGACCCAUCGCCAAACAAAGAGUCAUGCGAGAAGAAAUCCGCACCCUCAGAUAGAAAGAGACUACGUAAGACUGUGCAUAAAAUUCUAGACGGCACCACCGAGGGGGAUUCUGCGAAGAUCCCGAAGAAAGAGCAGCAGAGUAAACAAGAGAAUCAGGAGAGUAAACAAGAAAACAGUCCAGAUGAAUCAGAUGUCAAAGAUUUGCAGAAACAGGAAGAGCCUGAACCUAAGCCUUCAAGCCCAUGUGCUCCAUCAGCAGCAGCACAAAGUGAGGAUGAAAUAAGAACAUCAUCCCCAAUCCACCAGGACACACCCAGCGUCUGCCAGAUCCAGCUUGAAGGAGAACAGGGUAGCCCGUCAAAGCCUGAGGCAAAGGAGUCAGACGCAAAUGGCGAGGACUCUCUGAUCUCUGAGGUUUUUGGUGCAGGACUCAAUGACAGUGCUUUUUCAAGCAGAGAUUCUUUAUCAGGUGACUUAUCAGGACUCUCAACCAAUAGAAAAUCAGGGGAAAAAGGUGGAGGUGCGUCGUUGAAGGAGAAUGUUUGCCAGGUGUGUGAGAAAACAGGUGAACUGCUCCUCUGUGAGGGGCAGUGCUGUGGUGCCUUCCAUCUGCAGUGCAUCGGCCUCACUGAGACCCCUAAAGGCCGGUUUAUCUGCCAAGAGUGUAAGACAGGUGUACAUACAUGUUUUGUGUGUAAAAAGCCUGACAAGGAGGUCAGGAGGUGUAUGAUCCCUGUUUGUGGGAAGUUUUAUCACAUGGAGUGCAUACUGAAACAUUCCCCCACCGUCGCUCAGAAUCGUGGCUUCCGCUGCUCCCUCCACGUCUGUCUGGCCUGCUUCAUCACCAACCCCGCCAACCCUGGUAUCUCCAAAGGCCGUUUGACCCGCUGUGUCCGUUGCCCUGUGGCCUACCACGCCAAUGACUACUGUAUGGCUGCCGGCAGCGUCCCAUUGGCCAAUAACAGCUUUCUGUGCCCCAACCACUUCACGCCACGCAAAGGUUGCAAAAACCAUGAGCACAUCAACGUCAGCUGGUGUUUUGUGUGUUCGGAAGGAGGAAGUCUGCUCUGCUGUGAAUCUUGCCCUGCUGCCUUUCACCGUGAGUGUCUGAACAUUGACAUGCCCCAGGGAAGCUGGUUCUGUAACGACUGUCGAGCGGGAAAGAAACCCCACUACAAGGACAUCCUGUGGGUCAAAGUGGGCCGCUACAGGUGGUGGCCCGCUGAAGUGACUCAACCAAAAAACGUUCCUGAGAACAUCUACCGCAUGAGGCAUGAGGUGGGAGAGUUUCCUGUGCACUUCUUUGGCUCCAAAGACUACGUGUGGACAUAUCAGGCUCGCUGUUUUCCCUACAUGGAAGGGGAUGCCAACAAUAAGGAAAAAAUGGGAAAGGGUGCAGAUGCCGUCUAUAAGAAAGCUUUAAAUGAAGCAGCUGAAAGAUUCAGGGAACUGCAGGCAGAGAAGGAGAUGAGACAGCUUCAAGAAGACCGGAAGAAUGACAAGAAACCUCCGCCAUACAAACACAUUAAAGUGAACAAACCGAUAGGAAAGGUGCAAAUCAUCACAGCAGAUCUGUCUGAGAUCCCACGCUGCAAUUGCAAAAAGACAGACGAGAACCCGUGCGGCAUUGACUCGGAGUGCAUCAACCGCAUGCUAAUGUACGAGUGUCAUCCUCAAGUGUGUCCAGCAGGGGACAGCUGUCAGAACCAAUCCUUCACCAAACGCCAGUACACCGAGGUGGAGAUCUUCAGGACGCUGUCACGGGGUUGGGGUUUACGCAGUAUUUCUGACAUCAAGAAGGGAGCUUUUGUCAACGAGUACGUUGGAGAGGUCAUUGACGAAGAGGAGUGUCGAGCCAGGAUCAAACAUGCACAGGAAAACAACAUCUGUAACUUCUACAUGCUCACACUGGAUAAGGAUCGGAUUAUAGAUGCCGGGCCGAAGGGAAACCAAUCACGUUUUAUGAACCACAGCUGCCAGCCAAACUGUGAGACACAGAAGUGGACGGUGAAUGGAGACACCAGAGUUGGGCUGUUUGCGUUAGAAGACAUUCCUACAGGUGUUGAACUCACUUUUAACUAUAACUUGGAGUGUCUUGGUAAUGGGAAGACGGUGUGUAAAUGUGGAGCGUCCAACUGCAGUGGAUUCCUUGGUGUCAGACCAAAGAAUCAGCCCUCAUCUGACGACAAGGUGCGGAAACUGAAGAAAAAGGUUGCGGGGAAGCGUAAGAGCCAGUUGGAGGUCACCAAGGAGCGGGAGGAUGAAUGUUUCUUCUGUGGUGAUGGAGGGCAGAUUGUGUCUUGUAAGAAGCCUGGCUGCCCCAAGGUCUACCAUGCUGACUGUCUGAAUCUGUCUAAGAGACCUGCAGGCCGCUGGGAGUGUCCGUGGCAUCAGUGUAAUGUGUGUAGUAGGGAGGCGGCGUCCUACUGCGAGAUGUGUCCCAACUCCUACUGCAAACAGCACCGCGAGGGAAUGCUGUUUAUAUCCAAACUUGACGGCAAGCUGUCCUGCAGCGAUCACGACCCGUGCGGCCCCGAUCCUCUAGAACCGGGAGAAAUUCGAGAGUAUGUGCCCGGUACGCCUAUCCUACCCCCUCCGCCCAAUAUGGCAGUGUCAGGCAGGAUACCCCUGCCUGCCCUACCGCCUGCCGCUCCGCUCUUCAUUCCUGCCCCUAACAGACCCGCGUUCCAAGCCCAAAGAGACCCAUAUGCAGACGAGGUGGUGGACAACGUGGUUUUGCCACCCUCUUCUCCUUCUAAGGACAUCAAGGAGGAAGAUAUGAGCGAUGAAGGUGAGGUGUUUGAAGGGGUGAUUGGAGAUGAAGGGGAAGAUGAAGGGGAAGACGAAGGUCUCGAGGUUGUGGAUGAUGAUGAUGAUGAAAUGGACUGCGAAGGGAUAGGAUUCGAAGACGAGGAUGAGGAAAAGGUGGACCGAGGCGAGUCUGAGGAGGACUGGGGAGAAGAUGACGACUUCGAAGACCCUGAGGACUUAGGGGAAGUGGAGGGGGAUGACCAGGAAUCAUCAUGGGAUGAGUUUGUCGAAGGAGAAAAGUGAGCUCUCUCGCACACAAAUUCUCUCUCUAAUGGGUACAGCAGGUGACCUGUAGGUAAAGUCAACUGCCGUUUUUUCCGGUCAGUGCCCAGCUGAAUGCAAAGCAGCUGUUGAGAAUGAUGAACAUGUGCAACACUCUUAAGUUGAUGUCGGAAUCAGCUUGCCUUCUCAACCCAAGUCCUCUUGGAAAAGUCCAUAAAGAGGGUUGGACCUGGUGCUGUAGGACUGUGAUUAUUUUUUUUCUUUCAGUCCUUUUGUUGGUAUAUAAUUAGUGUCUGGUGCUCUUUUGUGCUUUUUUUUUACAUUCUCCUCCUCAACUUGUUUACAUUCUCUGAUCUGAACAGAAGGAUGACCUCACGGAGGGUUGAAAUGGGGCACCACAAACCAUACAGUUGUGUCUUACUUACAAAAUCUACAUAGAUUUUGCUAACAAAUACACUGAUAGAGAAAAGAGAAAGCAACAAAGCAGCAGAUAACUAAUGUUUAGUCCCUUCACCGGGUUAUUACAAUGACAUAGCCUCAACAUUAGGCCAAAAAUGGCUUUAAGCUCCACGGGUCACGGUACUUGAAAUGAUUUCUUCAGGUAUGUCUGUUAGUAUCAAAGAGUGGCUACAUGAGAAUGAAUAAUAGGAGUCCUGGUAUACCUUUUCAGAUGAUUUGUGAAUAAAAAAAGAGUGCUACUGUCAAAAAAAAGUUAAGGAAGUAUGACAUUCCCAGCAUCAUCCUGCUUGAUUUCAAACAUGCACUUUGUGUUGCAUUUGUCUUUGUCAUUUUACGCCACUUCUCAGCAAACACAGUGUGUCGAGACACAGAAACUUAGUGGUUAAGUUUUUGUAAAGUCUAGAGGAGUGAUUGUAUCAUCUUUUAUUGUCCAUGCUUUGUGGCCUUUGAGUCUUUUAGGAAAGAUGAGUUUGUGCUUCUUAGAUAAGGCCUGUUUGUACUUUUCGAUAGUUACUUAAAUUCCCGUCUCAAAAUAUUGUUCAGAAAUUUCCAGAUGCCUCAUUGCAAUAACUAUUCGGAAUGUCAGAGAAGUUCUCCCUCUAUAAAUCUGCGGGUUAUGUUUUCCUGCUAUCUCUGUCUGUAUGUUUAUGAGCAGGUUAACUUAAAAAGGUGCCUCUGAAUGUUUUGCACUCUUUCAGAGAUCAGGAGAAAUUUCAAAGCGUCUUUUAUAUUCAUGAUUCCAAACUGUUUAUUUAACAUACUGCCUGAUAAAACCUAUGGCAGUUCAUUGUGGAUGCUUUGUCAACCACCAUUAAGAUUCAAGCAAUCAUAUUUGCAUUUAUGACCCCUUAAAAAUGCAUAUUUGAACAAAUGCGGUCUUGCCCUGAAUGAUUUGUAUUUUCGCUACAAAUAUCAUACUGGAGUACAUUUUUGUUUCCAGUAGUCAUAUUGUGGCUUAAUUUAGCAACAUUAUGACUUACGAUUCUAUAUUAAAAUUUCUCUCACCGUCACUUAUGAAAGCACCUUUUGUUUUGCAACAUCAUUGUGCACCAGGUACAAUCCCUGACUGAAAAACUGCCUCAUGUAAUGAAGUAACGUUCAUAUUCACAGAACCUGUUUUCCAUCACUGAUAUUGUACAAUGUUUUCAAUGCCUUUAGGCCUUACACCCAUUAUUUCUGGUUCUGUAACUCUUUGCAACCUUAUCACACUGAUGCUUUUUUAAAAAGCUUUUUUUUUCUUUAUCAUCAUCAACCUUUGUACUUUCUUUUCUUAGCUCUCUGUUUCUUUAAAAGUCAUGCUUUUUGUCUCUUUGUAUUUAUGGUCAUUGUAUAAUCUUUUUCACUCGUUUUUGUGUUCCCUGUUUCUUGUAUGUUUGUUAAAUCUGCUGCUGUGUUUCAGCGCUAUGGCCCCAUGACACCAUGAACAGGACGAAAUGCAGAUGACAGUUUCCUGAGGACAUUUGGGCAAAAAGUUUGCUGCCAUGUUAGAGACAUGAUUUUGUACUGUACCUUGUGCAUAAUAAAUAUUCUAAGUAAAAUUUUACAAUAGACA